AUGGUGGAGGAUGAAAGAUGUCUGGAGAGAUCAACUGAUAACAUUUGGCCUGGAGUCCUUCGCAAGUCUCGGCCUCAGUUACAUCUCAGAAUGGCCUCUCUCAAGGCAUUCCUUCUUACUACAGCGCUUGGCCUCACACCAACUCGCGCCGUAUUCCAUGGAGAGAGUCACUAUUCCUUACGCAACACCCGUUCCAACAACGGCGCUGAGAUUUUUGCGCGUGAAAUUCGAAGCCUUCUCGAUGGUGAUAGUCAAGUGCAGGACCUUACAGCCCGUGGGGCCGACCUCGCCAACAUUCUUUCGCGGGCUGAUCGAGGAGCUGUUGAAGAACUCCUCCUGAGAGGUCUAUACUCUCGCAACCGAGCGAGUGCUGCCGAGGAGCGCUUGAAGAAGCUGUCAAAGCCGGCUGGCAACAUAAAACCACAGCUUGCUGCUCAGAAGCAUAGGUCGAAAGAAGAGACAAUAAAGGCUGCUAGCAAGCACAGACCUCGAAGUCUUUACCUCCGAGAUCGAAAGUCGGAGGCUGAGGCUCGACUGAAGAACCUUAAAAAGCCAACGGGAAAUUUGAAGCACCACCUUGCUGCUCAGAAGAAAAAAACCAAAGAGGAGACCAUCAAGGCAGCUAGCAAGAAACAUUAG